AUGAAUUGGCUCUUCCCUAAACAAACCAGCAAGUAUCUAACGAUUCUUCGAAACCCUGUGGACAAUUUUGAGUCUGUGUUCAGGUACAUGAAGGUAGGAUAUCGUCUUGGUGUGGGAAAUGGUCCAGAUUCUGUGCAAACAUUCCUUAAGAAUGGAGUUUCAUUUAGCAAAUUCAAGAGUGUAAAGGCGUCGCCUCUCGUCAGAAAUCCUCUUCUGUAUGAUUUGGGUUUGAGCUUCAAGUAUUAUCAAAAUCUCACUGCUGUUAACGAGUACAUUCAGUUUCUGGACAAAGAGUUUGACUUGGUUAUGAUAAUGGAUUACUUUGAUGAAUCAUUGGUGUUGAUGAAGCGACUUCUUUGCUGGCAAAUGGAGGACAUUUUGUAUUUAAAAUUGAACGAGCGACAAGACAAAGAAAAGAACACAGUACUAACCGACGAUGUUAGAGAAAACGUGAAAAGAUGGAACAAAGCCGAUGUUCUGUUGUUUGAGUAUUUUAACAAAUCAUUUUGGAAAAAGAUUGAAAACGAAGGUGAAAGCUUAUACAAAGAGUUGACCAUUUUUCGUGAGAGGAAAAGCGACAUGAAACGAGCAUGCGUAACAAAUGAAACCCGCUUACAAAGAGUGUAUGCGGGAAAACUUGUUAAAGGCUAUUCCAUUAGAACUGACUUGGCGAAAGGAUUGCAGACUAUUUGUGAAAAAAUGACAAUAAGUGAAAACUCGUAUCUUGCAUACUUGAGAAAGAAGCACGACCAGGGAUUACAAAUGGAAAAGGAGGAGGACAACAAAACCUGGGAUCUAGAACAAGAUCUUGUUUAUGAACCCGUCCAACCGGUUUGA